AUGACAGCUCCAAUGGCUAACGCCGACUGCGAGAUCUGCAUUACGCUGCAGAUGGGUCUUCAUAAAGAGCACAUUAACGUGAACCGUGAUUCUCUGGAUUUGCCGUUCAUUCGGCAGAAAGCACAGCAGUUCAUCGAAAAACUGUGCCCAAACCAGGCCUUUAUGCUGCAACGUAUUUUGUUGUUUCGGCACAACUACGAAUCGCCGAACGUUCUGCAGCUUUUGAAUGACACAGACGAAAUCAACAACGGAACGGUCAUCGAGGUGGUGAUCACGCACAAAAACGAGCGCCCUGCUCAUCCGCACAUCCUUAACGUACACAGCUACUACGCACCAACGUUCUGCGACUACUGCGGCGAGAUUCUGGUCGGUCUUGUUCGUCAAGGGCUGAAAUGUUCGAAGUGCAGCUUAAAUUUCCACAAGAACUGUGCGUUCGCUGCGCACAAUAACUGUUCAUGCAGCGGAGGUGAGGCAGAGCCUCCAGAUAGCACCAACUUCGGCCUCCCUCACACGUUCGUCGUUCACACAUACAAGAAGCCGACCGUGUGCAAGUAUUGUAACAAUCUUCUUGUUGGCAUCGUCAAGCAGGGUCUGCAGUGCCGCGAUUGCAAAGUGAACGUCCACAAGAAGUGCGCUUCCGCGCUUUCGUCCGACUGCCGCAUGGACUGUCAAGCGUGCGUCGUGAAGUCGUCAAACGAUAGCAUGGAAGUGGACACUUCCACAGCUACCGAGAAGCUGUCCAGCGACGGUGUGGUCAUCAAUAGCCACCAUCAUGCCGAAGAAGUGAGUACUGGAGAUCUGAUACAAUUGACGCGCAUCCCAGGACAGGCGGCAAUACGGCAUAGUCGCCAGAGGGCACUACCGGUGCUUAUGGAAGGAUGGUUGCUUCAUUUCACGAAUCACAACCGAGCGCGCAAACGCCACUACUGGGUGAUGGAUGCGACCGGCAUCUCACUGUUCCAUUGUCCACAGGGUGCAAGCCGUUGUUACAAGUUCAUACCAUUAGGACAGAUUCUUGGUUUGCGGCCAUACAACGGACCUCCUAUCGAUCCAAGUGGACCUCCUCACUGCUUCGAAAUCCAAACAGCACACACUGUCUACUUCGUCGGCGAAAAUCUUGACUGGUACGCGAAGCACAUUUUCAAAGGCUCACCCGCUGCACUUCCACAGUUACCACGUCGCGAAUCAGGAGUUGGAUUGGCCGUUGCUCAGAAAUGGAUUGCUGCAAUUCACCAAGCUCUUCUGCCUCCUAAACUGCCACAGGAAAAGCUGACGCCUAUCGUACCAUCGGAAGACGCUGACGAAAUCAAAGACACUCACGUUGCAUUGGAGUUCAGUAACUUAUACCAAAUUAAUCAACAAGAAGAACUUGGCUCUGGACAGUUUGGUACAGUGUACGGUGGAGUACACCGUAGUACUGGUCGUAAAGUCGCGAUAAAGGUGAUUAUGAAAAGUCGCUUCGGUCGAAAACAGAAAGAACAGCUUCGCUCCGAAGUAGCGAUUUUGCAGAAUAUAAGUAACGCUGGAAUUAUAACUUUAGAAGCAAUGUUCGAAACUCGUGAUCGUGUUUUUGUUGUCAUGGAAAAAAUGGAAGCGGACAUGUUGGAGAUGAUUCUCAGCAGUCGACUAGGACGACUGUCUGAGCGGAUUACGAAGUUUUUGAUUUUCCAGAUUUUGAACGCGCUUAAAUACUUGCAUUCGCAUGACAUCGCACACUGUGAUCUCAAACCAGAGAACGUUCUGCUUAAUUCUCCGGAUAAUGACUUUCCUCAGACAAAGUUGUGUGAUUUCGGAUAUGCUCGAAUAAUCGGCGAAAAUACAUUCAGAAGAACCGUUGUUGGCACUCCAGCUUAUUUGGCACCGGAAGUUUUGCUUAAAAAAGGGUACAACAAAAGUUUGGAUUUGUGGUCGGUUGGCGUCGUGAUCUACGUUACGCUGAGUGGCACAUUUCCGUUUAACGAAGGUGAAGAAAUCGCGGAUCAGAUCAAGAACGCCGCUUUCAUGUUUCCACCGAAUCCUUGGAACGAAAUAUCGAACGAUGCAAUUGACCUCAUUAGCCAACUACUUAAAGUGAACUUAAUGUCCCCGAUGGAAGAACGUUUAUGCAUCGAAGACUGCUUGGCUCAUAAGUGGCUAAACGACCGACAGCUAUAUUUGGAUUUGAGAAACUUGGAGCAACAGCUCUCUCUUCGCUAUUUGACGUCUCCACAGGAUGAUGAUAAAUAUUUUAAUGAACACUUGUAA